ACCGCAUCUCUCGAACUAAACUCAUGCAGUCGUGGAUACUGGGAGGUUUGAGAGCAAGUAUUGCCACGUAUUUCUUGAACGUUUUGAACGAACCAGCGGUUCAUAACGACGUCGGCAGAGGACAGGAUGCCAACAUAUUUUGAGUUCCCGGCCGCUCAAAGGAUAGCAUGCGGCACCAGGAACAGCAUUGCCUGCCUUCCUGCAGAUGUCGUGCUUGAAAUCUUGGCGCUACUCACGGGGCCAGAACUGGUGAAUCUUGCUUGCACGAGCAAGACCUUCUAUUAUUAUCUGAACGAGAACUCCUUGUGGAGGGGACAUUGUGCUAGAUAUGGGCUGCACGAUCUCACCUAUUUCCCUGAAAUGUCAUUCCGGACCGCGUAUACCAAUUUGCUCUAUCCAUAUGGAUCUCUUAUUGGCCUUUGGGCCAACGAUCACCCUUACCGCGGAAACAUCUUGCAAUUUCGUUUACUUACAGGAAAUGCAAAAGAGCCGGGAGGUAUUGUGGGCAGCAUCUGGCGGCUUCCUGGAAGCCUUCCAAUCUCGCCUCAAUGCAUUCGUGUACUGAAGAUUCAGUUCGCCAUCCACGCACAUUCGAGCUGGAACGGCGCGGUGGAGGAUGUCAUAAUAACCUGUGAACAUCAUACUUCAGACAUUCCCCCUCAAACGAUUCAUCCUGUGUCUCUACAAGUUGUUCGUGGCUCGAACAGAGCCAUAUUUCAUCAGGCCUAUCGUCGUACUAUUCCUCAUCCAGACUUUCCGGGCACAAGCGCUGUCUGGUAUGAUCAUUGUCGCAGGUUGCCUAGACUUCGACCUACGUCCCCCGAUGAAGAAGUUACGAAUCAACACCCACUAGCAUCGCUUUAUCCUGCAGUGCGACUCCCGAUCCUCUUCACGGCACCAUCGCACGAACAAUAUGUUCCGCUUUCCGGGCUCUCUGUCUACUGUCGACACAACGCUUGUUCGAUGUUACACCGGCCUCCAAUCCAAUAUGAAUCCAUACUUCCAUUUUCGCCCCUAUAUUAUCCCGUUAGACCGCCUCCAGCACAUGGAUGCGAUGGUUCUGCUUCGAUAUCGAGUGGGAUUUGGUUCACUCAAACCUUAGACCCUCUUUGUCUGUACAUCGGGUGGCAACAAUCUGGUGGGACACUUGGGUCGGGGUGUGAUGCUGAUAUUCGCCUGAGAAGUUGGGUCCUGCUGGGAAAUUCGUCCACAGCUCGCGGAGAGAUACUUUGGGACGUCAAACGUGUAUCAGUUGGAGAAUCGUUCGAAUUUGAAGGUCAUUAUCUUCGGAUAACGAAUGUCAUGGGCAAGUUGAUCAAAACCUCAGUAGCCGUUUCAGUGAGAUUGGAAUCGUCGGAUGUUAUUGUGAUCGACUUUCCGGAUAUGCGACCCAUGCGCUGUCUCAAGUACGAUGGCGCUUUCAGUCGAAGUACCGACGACGGGGUUGGCCAUGACACGCUGAGACAACCUGAAUAAGGGCCGCUUCUUACAUUUGCAGCUGGACACCGUUCUGUCCCUUCGGUUGCUGCUGGGUACAACCUGUCAAACACAGCAUUCAGUAGUCAGUACUGUCAGGUCGCACUGCGCCCAGACAGGACCGCGUCCACGGUGAUGCAACAAGCAAGUGCAAGGAUGGUGCCUGGUCCAACGAUUCAUGCAGGAAUUUAGAUUUCAUCUGUUCAUGGCUACAUAGAGCAGAGGCGAACGUGUACGUCUGAAGCGAAUCAAUCAAACUGGACUACAGAUACUCUAGUAGUUCCACCAAUGCAAUCGAAGCAUGGAACUUGGAAAUCCUUCAUUCUUCCAUCCGGUCCACGUCUACGUCUCCAUCACCAUUGAGUGCAACACAUCCUGGCUCACGCCAUGGCUCAGCCCACUUGGGGUACACUCGCUUAUACAACGACAUACAAACCGUAUCCAUCUGACUGAUCGGACCAUCGAAGUGUGCUUUGAAGUAUCCAUGGGUACCCAGCGACUCUUUGAUAUGGCCAGAGCGGCCAUGUUUGGUGUGCAGUUGAAUUGGCUUGAAGUAAUUGACGUCGUCUAUUAAGUGGCAUCGUGAGCUUCUUGCCGUAGGGAGUCAACUGAAGUACACGUACCUGAGUUGAAGAACAUGUAUCGGACAGUAGCGGUCUUGCGAUGAACCUUGAAUGGAUGUCCGCUGAGGACGACCCUCU